UUUACGUGUAGAGUGUCGUGGAGUCGUCUUAAUGUCGACAACAGAUAGAUACACCACAAAGAGUUGAACAAGAAUACAUACAAAGCCAAUUGUCAUUACAAGUGUUAACUGUUUAUAUUAUUAUAAAAAAGGUGGCACAUUAAUACAAUUAAUUAAUCUGGGAUUUUCACAUUUAAAUAAAUCUUUUUUUUUUUUUAUUGUAACUGAACAGUAAUCACCUAUAUACCGAUAAUACAUAUACAAGGCAAUACAAGUAAAAUGGCUGAUGAACAUAAACCGCAAGCUGAUGCUACAGAUACUGGCUCAUCUUCAACAAAAACACUCUACGAAUUAAGUGUUUGUCGUGUUGCAGACAGAUUUACAAACUUGAAAAAAUAUCUUAUUUGUUUACCCGAGAAUAUUCUCUUCGAUGUUUACUAUGAGUUGUAUAAAAAAAAUAAAUUAUGUCUACUGGGAGCCGAGUUCAGCAAUUUAGAUACCUUUUCAAAGAUGCUAAGGGUCAGAAACAAAAGGAUUCAAUUAUUUCAAGUUUUUCAGGCCCUGAUGGAUCACGGAACAAAAAUUGACAACGAAUUGGCAAUUAGUUACAAUGUAUGCUGCUUAGAAAUAAAGAAAAAAUCAAACUGCCAAGCGAACAUAAUAGAUCUCGGACUUAAACUCGGAAGUUUUUUGAGCGACGCUGGAUGGUACGCAGAAAGUACAAAAGUUUUAUUAUCCUGCAGAGAUUUAUGUAUCAGCGAGAGCGAAACAUCAGAGAACUGGUGUCGUACGUUGGACUGUUGUCAUAAAUUACUUCGAGCCCAAGCAGCUUACUGUGCAUUCAAAGAUGCUGCAGAGACACACGAGCUGGCACUAUAUACAAUUAAAAAAUUACAGGACGCUGGUUAUAAAGAUUUCAAUCACGCAGCUCUUUACGCAGAAUUCAGUGUAUUUUUUUUUAUGAGAAGUGAGUAUAAUCAGGCUUACGGGUGGAGUGUCGCGGCAUUGAAAGAAUUAAAACCAACAUUACCGCCACGUAUUACAAUAGACGUGUUACGUCAGGCUGCUAAAUCAUGCGUUGUUAAGCGGGAGUUUAAAAAAGCCGGUUUGCUAAUACGUCAGGCGGUAUAUCUGGCACGAGAAGUAUUUGACAAAAAUCAUCCGAAAUUCUGUGAUGUUCUUAUAGACUACGGGUUUCAUUUAUUAAAUUUUGAUAGCAUUACAAAUAGUGUUCAUGUUUAUCAAAAUGCUCUGCAAAUACGAGAACAAAUAUUUGGACGCACUAAUUUACAUGUCGCUAUUGCUCACGAAGACUUGGCGUACGCGCUCUACGUACGUGAGUACAGUUCUGGUAGAUUUACAAAGGCGCGCGAACACGUCGAGAGAGCUAUUGACAUAAUGGAAAAACUUUUACCGUACGAACACUUGAUGUUGGCCAGCGCGAAGCGUGUCAAGGCGCUGAUAUUGGAAGAAAUAGCGCUCGAUAACGAGCAGGACAAUGGUGCGACGUCGAAUAAAGAUUUGUUACUGGAAUCCGAGUACCUGCAUCUCUCAGCUUUACGUCUUGCCCAGACGGCUUUCGGGGAGCGAAAUGUACAAACGGCUAAGCAUUACGGAAAUUUAGGUCGGCUCUAUCAAAGCAUGAGUCGAUUUCAGGAAGCUGAAGAGAUGCAUUUAAAAGCCAUAAGCAUAAAGGAAGAACUACUGGGCUCAAACGACUACGAAGUUGGAUUAAGCAUCGGACAUUUGGCUUCGCUCUAUAAUUUUCAUAUGGAUCGUUAUCGUGACGCGGAAAAACUCUACUACCGCAGCAUUGCCAUUAAUCUUAAGUUAUUCGGUAAGAGUUACAGCGGACUGGAAUACGAUUACCGGGGUUUAUUGCACGUGUAUGAAAAAUUACACGAGUACGACAAACUUUUGGAGUACAGAGAUACUUUAAUUUGUUGGCAUGACUUGAGAAAACAGUACAAUCAGUCCGAACACUCGCCGAUUGAUUUAAACGAAUGUCCUCAACCCAUUGAAAAUGUGAUAAAAACAUUUUUUUCGAUGUAAUUUAUUUUACAUAAAUACGUAUAUAUUUUUUUCGGCGUUGAGAGAAAAAAAAAACUAUUAAUUGUAAUGACUUUAUUUUAUGAAGACGUUGAUCUGUAUUCAGAUCCCUCUUCAAUCACUAAAAUAAUAUCCAAUUAAAGCUAUAUUAGUCGGAAUUUUUUGGAGUUUAGUUCAUUUAGUAAAUGAUGUAAAAACGGAUUUUUUUUUUCUAUGAAUCCAUUGUUACAUAAUCAUGUAAGCAAUUUUUAGAUCACAAAUAAUGAUAAUGCAAUAUUGACAAAUCUAUAAGCGCGAAUUUUAAAACUAAAGACGUUUUAUUAACAAAAGAUCAGUGAAUAAUGAUAUAUCAAACAGUUUUUUUUAUACAAUACUAGUGAUAUUCCAAAUAU